AUGUGUGCCCGAAUGACUAUUCCGCAUUGUACGCUGAGAAGACCACAUUCUAGGUUUAAUUUUGGUUUAUUUCCUAAAAGAGGAUGUUCUGGUUUCCCCUGUAUGUACACACAUUUAGGAGCUAAAGCAGGUCGACAAGAAUUAAUGAGGACGUUAAUGAGUUUAAUAGAUGAUUGUGCCGGUGAUAUAGCCUGUUCUCCAGGAAGUAAAGUAGUUUCGGGCGUUACCUUUUCGCCGACCAGGAAUCUAGGCUUUGAUAUAUCACUAUCAGGUAAACGAAAAAGAAGAAGUCUACGAAAUCUGCAAAAACGUUUACAAACCACCAACCUGCGAGAUUCAAAGUUAGCAGCAUAA